AUGAGCAACGGCGACACCAGCAACAACACCAGCAACGGCAGUCCUCAUCAUCAUCAUCAUCAUGAUGCUCCGAUUAUGAAGACCGCCGACGAUGCGAUUUUGGCCAAGGUGGCGACAGUGGAAGCGGGGUACUACCAAGAUCCGUAUGUCACGGCCAUGAGUCGUCAUGCGUCGGGCAUUACUACGACACCUACUGCAACAAAUCGGCGACGCCAAAUUCAACCCAUCAUCAAACGAGGGACACAUGCUCGUGUGUGUUGUAUGGAUCGUGCCAUUACGUCCUUUUUGGAAUUUCAUCACAACAACACUAAUAGCAAAGCCCAAGUGUUGGUGCUGGGAUGUGGCAAGGACACGUCCUAUUUUCGUCACGUCCUCCACAACAAAACAGAACAGUCUGAGUCAACAACAACAACCAUUGGAUGGUACGAAGUGGAUCAUCCGUCCGUCAUUCAAGCCAAGGCGGCCAUUGUACGAGAAGCUCCGCAUGUCUUUGGUGCCACGGUAAAAAAAUCGGUUCAUGGAUUUAGCAUUUCUCCUACAGGCAAGAAGAGCAAGACAGCAACAACCAACGGCAGCAGUAGUAGUCGCGAAAGCAAAAAACAAAAACAAACUCUAGCACCCAUCAUUGACGAAGGAGACGAAGAAGAAGACGAAGAAGAGGGAGAUGUUGUCAUGCCCAUGGAAACCGAGCAAUUCGACGCUUUUGAGGAAUCCACUCUAGAAUCUACUACGACAGAUAAGUCCGACACUUCUACGUGCCAUUGGAUACAACACGAUUUACGAGAAUCUCCACCGGCACUGGUGGAAAAAUUGACCCACACGUCCCACUUUGAUCCGUCCCUUCCCACAUUGGUCUUGUUGGAAUGCGUUCUCAUGUAUCUGCCGGAUGACGAAUCCCGGCAAUUGCUGCAGUGUCUGACACAACUAUUGCCGCACAUUUGUGUCUGUGCCUACGAACCCAUUUUGGGCAGUGACAAUUUUGGUACCGUCAUGGAACAACACUUGACACGAGCGGGUGUGACUAGCCACGACAGUGGAUUGCAUGUCGUCCGGACACUGGACGCCCAACUCGACAAGUUACUGGCGUGUGGGUUUACGCGGGCGGCCGGAUGCGACAUGGCGGCUGCCUACGACAGUGUAUUGACUCCCGUGCAACGACGCGAUGCCACCAAAGCGGAAUUUUUGGAUGAAUUGGAAGAAUGGCAAUUGAUUAUGCAUCAUUAUUGUUUGAUUGUCGCUGCUGCGGCGAAUAAUGAUGAGGAGAGUGGCGACGACCAGAAUUUUGGAGCGCUCUUGUGCAGUAUUGGGGAAUCGUCGGCCAUGGGAUUUGAUCCCACCAAGACGGUCCAAAAGAGCAAGUAG